UUCCCCACGAAACAAGUUACAUCCUGCUACAACGUGCGCUCAUACUUUCGACGAUGGGUAAUCCGCUAAAAACCCCAAUUAGCAUAAGCGAGCUGCUCAACGGUGGCACGGAGUUUUCCCUCGAUGCCGACUUCCAAAACGAUGCCACUGGAGACGAUCUGUUCCUGGACGACGAUUACGGCAGUUCGGGCGAUGAAGAGGAGCGCUACAAGGAGAUGCUGGCGCCAUGGGAUCGCAGCUUCGAGGAAUUGCGUGCGACAAUGGUUCCGGUGUCCGAUAUGAUAUACAAACGUAUCGCAAGGCGGGGCGUCGGUGAACCGAUCACGGGCAACGUCACGGUCACCAUCGAUUACAAUGCGUUUUUCGAGAACGAAAAAAAGCCAUUCGACUCGACGACGCUCCGGAGUGCGCCGUACAAAUUUACGGUCGGCAAAUGCCCGGUCCUGCCCGGGUUGGAGCAGGCCGUGCAGACGAUGUGUGUCGGCGAGGAGGCACAAUUUCUCAUCGCCUACCAAUUGCUGUUCGGCGAGUUGGGCUGUCAGCCCCGGAUUCCUGCCAAAGCGGACGGCUUGUUCGUGAUCAAGCUGAUAAGCUGCGUGGAUGCGGGCGAUGCCGAUGCGUUGGCCAAGCUGGACGAGGAGGAGCGCCGAACGUACGCCGUGGUGAAGGAGAAGGUCGCACAGAUUCGUACCUACGCCAAGAAUAGCUUCCAGCGCAACAUGAUCACCAGCGCGACGCACAAAUACCUCGAGGCAGUCGAUACGUUGAAGAGUUGCCACAUGAAGGAUGAGCAGGAAGAGAAGGAGCAACGGGAGACGCUCGUUGCUCUGUACACCAGCUUGGCUGUGUGUUUCAACCGUAGGGACAUGCCGAAGGAUGCCUGUCGCAUGGUGAACGAACUGCGGCCACUGUGCGAUGUGCAAAAGAUGGCGAAGGUCCUCUACCAGGAGGGCAGGGCUUUGCACAAGCUGGGUGAACACGAUCGAGCGCGCAAGUGCCUGCUGCGCGCGCAAAAGCUUGAACCGCGCGACGAAAACAUUGGGAAAGAAUUGAAAAGCCUGCACGAAAGCAUCGAGAAGCACAGGAAGGAGAUGAGGAACAUUUGGACGCGAGCGUUUGGUAUGGCGGACACGAAAAAGAAGGGCAUGACCGCGGAAGAGCAAUCUUUUGCGAAAUCGGUCAAGCAAGCGAUGCGCGCGUUUCUCGACGACGAGAAGUGCACGAUGAUGUCGCUUCCGGAAGGUUUAAGCGACGGGGAGGUCGGCGUCCUGGAGGAGCUGGCCAAAGAGUUCGACAUAAAGUUGAGACUGUACGUGGACAACAACCGAAAGCACUACAAAUUCCAAAAGAAAUCAUAAUUUUCAACGUAAGUUAAUUUUAAACUCAAUGUAUUUUUGCUUCUCAUCAUAACAAUGUAUUACAUCGGCCCUUGACCACUAUUUUACGAAUCUUGCACGCCAUUCAAACAUGUGACCGUGUUACCUCACAAUGUAGUGAUAUUUUGAACUCAAUUAAAUGUAAUUUACUUGAAAUACAAAUACUUGAAAUAAAAAUGGGUU